AUGAUCCACCUGAGUCAUCGCUCUCCGGUUUUGAUUGUGUGGAGUAUAAUAUUUUUCUUCGUCGCUGCAGUGGCUGUUGCACUUCGAGUUGCCUCUACACAUAUUCGACGUCGGGGCUUGAAGAGUCAUGACUAUCUCGUCUUUUUCUCGCUUGUCUGUUUGACCGGCUAUGUGGUGGAUAUGCUGAUUGGGGCUACCACGGCUGGCUAUGGCGGACAUACAGCGACCAUGGCUGUAGAAAACCCGGGGCGGUUGGUUAGCGCAUUGAAGAUCUUCUGGGCAUCCGAAUGGAUGUGGGCAACUUCAACAGUUUGCUUCAGACUCGCUAUCCUCCUUUUAUAUAUUGAGAUCUUCCCAGGGAAUCAGAAGUUCUUCUGGUGUGCAACUGGGGUGGGAUGUCUUGUCUUCCUAUACUGGGUAUCUGCGGUCUUGACCAUUGCGUUGCUUUGUCGGCCAGUGGCCUACAACUGGGAUCGCACUAUUCCAGGGACUUGUGGGGACGUCUUGAAGAUACAAUAUGCAUCUGCAGGGUUCAACAUGGGCAUUGAUUUGGGAGUCGUGUUGCUGCCGCUCCCUAUUGUCUGGCGACUGCAAAUGUCGAGUCGCAAGAAGACUGGUGUCACUGCCUCUUUCGCCAUAGGCAUCCUAACGGCCGGUAUCAAUCUGGGCCGGAUUAUUCAGACAAAGUUGUGCCCUGCUGACGACCUGGUCUACUGCCUCAGAGACUCGUCUAUUUUUAUCAUGGCAGAAAUGACAGCUGGGAUCUUGGUUGCCUGUGUUCCGACGUUUGGGCCCCUAUUGUUCCGCAGGCGAAACGUACGUUCGGCCCAACCACGCGAUUUGCCCACUAUUGGGUCAGCUCGAAUCCGCCGUCGGCCGGCAAAAUUCGAUUCUCUCCUUUCCACGCUUGACCAUAGUCACAAUGAUGGUGAAGAGCGAGGCCAGACAAAGGAAGCAGAGCAUGCCAGGGCUGGGGCUGAGAAUGAAGCUCCACAGACAGGCAUUUUAGUAACACGCGACCUGGAUGUGCAUAGUCUGAACGUGCUUCCUCGAGUGUCGGAGAAUUCUACUGUUUGA